GUAGGAAGUCAGGCUGCAGUCCAGCGUUUUCCGUAAAGUCUCUUCAAACUUGUGACGGACAAAAUUCCCGUCUGCAGCUUUAAUUUCACCCUGCUGUAGGUGUCUACUGACGGGAAACUGUUAGCUAUUUCUGCUCUUUAACUGUCAGUUUCGUGUUAAUGUUUAUUCGUUUUUCGUACGUGAGAUACUCGGCGUGUAAUUUAAUUUAAUUCCACGUUGAUAAAUAGGUUUAUUUUUAGGGAUUUAACCUCAGAAGUGUAAAGUAAAGUAAAGAUUCCUUCAGAAGAGCAACAAAAUGAACUGUGGCCUGCUGACAAACAAGAAUGAACCAGUUCCACUAAAGAACAUCGAGGUGGAUCUGCAGGUUCAGGGGCAUGUAGCGACAGUGACCUCCACCCUGAAGUAUAUAAAUGAGGAAGAUAACACCCUGGAAGCAGUGUUUGUCUUCCCCAUGCCUUCAGGAGCUGCUCUCUGCCAUUUCAGUGCCAAGAUUGCAGAUCAGGAGAUAGUGGCUGAGGUGCAGGAGAAACAGGAGGCGCGGGAGCAGUACGAUGAUGCACUGAGUUCAGGUGAACAGGCGUUUCUGUUGGAGGAGAGUGAGGAGUCUGCGGACGUGUUCAGGCUCAGUGUGGGCUCUCUGCCUCCACACCAGAGUGCCGCUGUCACCUUCAUCUAUAUCAUUGAACUGAGUGUGCAGGCUGACCAUUCACUGCAGUUCUGUCUGCCUGCAGUACUUAACCCUCGCUACACACCAGCUGGUACAGGGGGUGGUAUAGUGUCAGAGAUAACAUCAAGUUCUACUGGUAUCCCCUACUCCCUCUCUUUUACUGCACAUAUAAACUCUCCAAACCCCAUCACUAAAGUGGAGUCCAAAUGUCCUCUAGAGCCUCUGAUGUUCCUCAACACAGACCACACCAAGGCAAAGGUAAGUCUUGGUGCAGGUCACAUGUUUGAUCGAGAUGUCGAGCUGUAUCUAUAUUAUCAGAAUCCCCAUCAGCUCACUGCUAUAGUGGAGGCUGGAGCUCCUGCAGCAGAGUCAGGAUCUCUCAUGGGAGAUCCAGUGGUCAUGGUCAGUUUCUAUCCAGAGUUCCCUGAGUCAGUGAUGUCCUCCAUGUCGACGUGUGGUGAGUUUGUGUUUGUUAUGGACAGAUCUGGCAGUAUGUCCUGUAAUAUGCAUAAUGGACCAGGUGCACAGGAACGCAUUGACUGUGCCAGGGACACUCUUCUCCUGCUACUGAAGAGUCUCCCCAUGGACUGUUACUUCAACAUCUAUGGCUUUGGCUCUCACUAUAGUUCCUUCUUCCCUCAAAGUGUGCAGUACAAUCAGGACACUAUGGAGCAGGCGGUGCAGAAGGUAAAGGAGAUGCAAGCAGACAUGGGGGGCACAGAGAUUCUGCCUGCUUUGGAACACAUUUACAAGCAACCUUGCAUCUCCAAACACCCAAGACAGCUCUUCAUAUUUACAGACGGUGAAGUAGGAAACACCAAAGAUGUUCUUCACUGUGUCAAGAGCAAUGCUGAUCUCCACAGAUGCUUCUCAUUUGGGAUUGGUGAAGGUGCAAGUUCUGAACUCAUUACAGGAUUGGCUGAGAACAGCUGUGGCCACGCCCAGUUCAUCACAGGAACUGAUCGCAUGCAGGCCAAAGUAAUGCAGUCUCUUCGCUAUGCUUUACAACCAGCAGUGACUGAUAUCACUGAGGACUGGUUUGGAUUGUCUUUCUCUCAUCUGAGCCCCCAAAUUAAAUCACUGUUCCAUGGUCAAAGAGCACUGAUUUAUGCCCAGUUGAAAGGAAAGGAAUGUCAGAACCCAGAUGCUAAGGGAAAAAUAUCAGUGCAUUAUCGCCUGGGGGGUCAAGAGGUCACAAACAGUGUUGACUUCUUCCUGAAGCCUGUCGAGAACACAGGGAUGGCCAUCCACAGGCUUGGUGCUCGCUCUCUGAUCCGUUCUCUGGAAAGAGACGAGAGGGUUGAUGGAACUGAUAAAGAUACUCUGAAGGCCAGAGUGGUGGAACUGAGUAAGCAGUGUGGAGUGAGCAGCUCACACACAGCCUUCAUAGCUGUUCAUAAGGGCAACAAACAAGCUGUGAAGGGGCCGCUGGUGAAGAGGAGAAUUCCUACCCCGAUGCUGAUGGGAUGUUCAAUGGGUUUCUAUUCUAAUUUGCCUACAUCUACAUCUUUCAUGAGUUCAAACGGAAUAGCUGCCCCGAGGAAUUCGGCUCCAUCUAAAUAUUCCAGUUUCUCUACAAAGAUGAAAGGAUUUUUUAGCUCUUCGAAAAGGGAAAAGUGUACCAUCAAGUCCCAAGUCCGUUGUGCCACACCAAGUUACGAUUUUUUAACAAUGAGUGAUUCUAUGGAUAUAGACUGUGGAACAACAGAUUAUAAUAGUUGCAGACGCUCAGAUAACAACCGAGAAACUUCAAAGACUCGAAAGGACCCACUGAUGGAGCUCAUCGAUCUCCAGAAGGCUUCAGGUUGCUGGGAAAUUGGUUCUACACUUGCAGAAGUGUUUGGGAAAACAGAAAAAGAGCUGAUCGAGAAGAUUCCUGCACAGGUGAAGCCAGAUGUCUGGGCUACACUUCUUGCUUUGAUUUGGUUGCACGGCUUUAAGAUCGAUGCUCAGGUUGAGUGGCAGUUUUUGGCCAUGAAGGCAGUGUCAUGGAUCCAUAGUCAGAAAGUGGUCAACCAGUCAGAGUGUAUACAGGCAGGAAACUCUUUGCUGGGCUGUCAGGUUACAGAAGAUGCUCUUGGCCUCUGAACUCUUUCAUCCCGCAGCAGCCAUGAGAGAAUAAUUCUUUAAAAAAAAAAAGCUUUCAUUAGCCUGAUUAUCUCUAUAAAUGUAUUGCAACAGCAAGGCAGGUUUUAUUGUUUUUUUCUAUAGACUGAAUUCAUUUGGAUUUGAGAUCAAAAAAUGUAUGAGACAAUAGAUCAGAAUUACAGCUUUAAAUCCCUGAUAUGUCCAUUUAAAUCUAGCUUAGAACAUGCUCCUUUUGUUUGAACACAUCCAUUUAUUAACUGAUCAAAAAUAUUGGCACAUGUAACUUUCACGCGUUUUGCAUUGCCAGUUAGUUAAUAGCACUGAAUAUCUACUCUUGCUUUGAAAACCAGAGAGCUGUCAAUGGGAGAAAAGCAAACUAUUUUGAAUCUGAGAAUAGAGGGAAACAGAUCAGAGCCAUUGCACUAGCGUUGGGCAUAGCAAAUAAAACAAUUUGGAAUGUCCUGAAAAAGUAACCACUGGUGUACUAACAAGCAGAUGUUCAACAAAUGGGCAAAAGAAAACAACAGUAUUUUAGAAGAGUUAUGAUGAAAAACCCAAAUAUGACAGUCAGUGAUGUCUGUUCACGGGGCAGGUGUGAAUGUAUACCACAAGAUCUAAACAUCUUAUAAGCAGUAAGGAUCAGAAGGUCAGAUUGAAAUUCAAAAAGAAGUAAAGAGAUAAGUCAAGUUCUGAUGCAGUUAUUGCAAAUAAGGGCUAUUUACAUUUACAUUUACAGCAUUUGGCAGACGCCCUUAUCCAGAGCAACGUACAUAAGUGCUUAAGUCUCUAGCAUUGAAUACAUUAAUGCUGGCUCACAAGGUUACAUUCUUAAGAUACCAUGAGUUUAAAACAUUUGUUCAAAGUUACAGUGAAAAAGUGUCAGGUUUUUUUUUUUUAUUUUUUUAAUUCAUUUAUUUUUUUUAAAUAAUGCAAAAGAUAGGGAAAGAAGUGCUAGUUGAAGUGUUUCCUAAAUAAGUAGGUCUUCAACCGCCGUUUGAAAAUAGCCAGUGACUCAGUUGUCCGGACCUCUAGGGGAAGUUCGUUCCACCACCUUGGUGCCAGAACAGAGAAGAGUCUUAAAGUAACCAAAUAUUAAGUGUUAUUUACUUUUGUUAUUUAAAGACAGUUUUUGACCUGUUAUUAUACUUUUCCUCACAUAAUUGCGUGGUCUGCCACCAAAGGUGUUGUGUUAUUGAGUUUAACACAUCUAGAUGUAAAUGUCAUUAAAUAAAAGCUGAAAUUCUGAUCUAUUAUCUUAUCGUAUUCCAUUAAUAACAAAAACAAGAAUACAAAAAAAGAGAAUUUGCCUUACUGUACAGAACUUUUGAAUAUCUUUGCACAGAUUUGUUUGUCAAUUGCAAAGAAUUCAGUUAAAAUACAACAGUGACAUUAUGUUUAUAAAAUCUUUCCUUUAGUUCAGGUUUUAGUUUAACAUGCACUGAUGUUAUCCAACAAUUUCCAGAUGUAUAAAAUUUAAAAUAGUUAAUGACAACAACAAUAUUGAAGUGAGGGAGUGACAGGAGAAAGAGGGCUGGGCUUUUACUAUAUACUUUACUUUUAUUAUAUCUGCUAGCUAAAAUACUGUAUGUUUGCUUUACUUAAAUCUUACUUUUUAAGAGCUUAUUGUGAGAACGGAUACAUUCUGUUAAUUGGUAAUCAUCUUAAUAAAACUUAUCUGUGCA